AUGAGCGCCGAUGCACCCAACGACCCUGAGAUCCUCGCGCACGUCGAGAAGUUCUGGGAAGGUCGCAAGCCGUCCAGUCCCAUCUACCAAUUCUUGCUCGAUGACAUCAAAAUCACCUAUGCGUCCAAGGGCGUUGUCCGCGCACGCCUGCCCCUGACUAACAACCACGUGAACACGCACGGAGGCAUCCAUGGCUCUGUUUCAGCGACACUCAUCGACUGGGUCGGCGGCAUCGCCAUCGCUGCAUGGGACAACCGCACCAAGACGGGAGUAAGCACAGACAUCCACAUUUCCUACCAGAGUUCUGCCAAGGCUGGAGACACGAUUGAAAUCGAGGGCAAGGCUGGCAAGGUUGGCGGCACGCUGGCUUUCACUACUGCCACGAUAUGGAAGUUGGUGGACGACAAGCCGGGACCGAUAGUCGCGACUGGAUCUCACACCAAGUUCGUCAAGAUAUGA